AUGUCGGAACAGCUGUUACAAGGCGACCUCUCUCCCAUUCUCCCGGAUCUGAUCUCGUCCCCUUCCCCGGUUGCCUCCUUCCCCAGCUGGGAUGAUGACUCCGUCUCCACCAGCUGCUUCAGUGAGAUCGAUGCGCACGAUUCUGACCCUCCUGAUCCCCCACCUUCCGUCCUCAUCAAUCAACAUGGAACCGUGUCCAACUACAACGCCACCACGACUAUUGCUACCUCCAUCGCCGAGUUCGCUCAGGAUCACCUAUUCCUCUCCGAGACAUCUGCCGACAUGGAACCAGCGUUUCCGGUCAUCUGGGACUCUGGAGCCUCGGUGUGUGUCACACCCCACAAGCGUGACUUUGCCGGCACGCUCCACCCCCCUCCCAACUCCAGAACCAAAGGGAUCGGAGGCCCCAUUGAGGUCACCGGAUGCGGACAUGUUGCAUGGACGUUCAAGACCACCACCAACACCUUCCGUACCUUGAUUCUGCCAGCUGUUCUAGUUCCCUUGGCCAACCAACGUCUUUUGAGCACCAGCUCCCUCCUUCAUUGCCACUCCAAGGAAACCAUCUCCCUUUCCUCUGACGGCAUGCUACUAUCUGGAACCACUAGCGACGGUGCCUUUACACGACCCAUUGCAGUGGACAUCUCUCCCACCAACAACUUACCUACCGCUACGGCAUACCGCGUCAUUGAUUCUCCGCAACCAACUCCCGAGGCCCACGCUGACGAUGUCACCGUGGCAAUCGACAACCUCCACAGUUCCCAAGGCCCAGCUCCGACAUCAUCUCGAACUGAUCGAAACUCUUUCAUGAUGUCCAGCAUUGCCAAAGUCAGUCGCCAUAACAUCAACCUUGACAACGGUGACAAGGAAUGGUUGAAAUGGCAUCAAGGUCUUGGCCACCGUUCAUUCGCCAUUGUACGCUUCUUGUUGCGCACCGGAACCCUUGCUAAAAGUCAACGCAUGCGGACGCUGCACACCCACAUUUCCAAACGAGUUGAACCACCCAAGUGUGCCGCAUGUUGCUACGCCAAAGCUAAACGACGUGCCAUUGCCAAGGCCAAUCAAGGAUGCUCCCAGCUCUCUUCGCGCCAACACUCUUUAUCCCGGUCAAGAGGUAUCCGUCGAUCAUCUGUUUCAUCUGUUCCUGGCCGAACCUACACUGGCUACGGGAAAGGUCACAAGUCUGAGAUGUUCCGCGGAUCUGCUAUCUUUGUUGACAAUGCGACAAGAUAUAUCUUUGUUCAACAUCAGAAAUCCCUGAACACCCACGAAACAUUACGGGCCAAGGAAAUGUAUGAGGCGAAUUGUCGUGACCUUGGUGUCGUUCCUCAAAAAUACCGCAGUGACAACGCUGCUGUCUUCCACAGCCACGAAUACAAGCAACAUCUUGAAGCCUUCAGUCAAACUCAAAAGUUCGCUGGUGUCGGCCAACACCAUGCCAAUGGCAUCGUCGAAAAGGCCAUUCAGGACAUUCAAUCUACUGCCCGCACAUUACUCAUUCACCUUGCCAUCCGUUGGCCCGAACAAGCCGAUCUCGCUCUCUGGCCAAUGGCCAUCGACCAUGCAGUCUUCCUCCACAACCACCUCCCCGACGUCGACACUGGUCUCACACCCAUGGACAAAUUCUCCCGCCAACGUUGGCCCCACUCCAAAUAUCACGAUAUCCAUGUGUUUGGAUGCCCCACCUACGUUCUCGACAAGAAAAUCGCGGAUGGUAAGACUCUUCCCAAGUUCUCGCCACGCUCCGAACGCUACGUUCACCUUGGGUUCAGUCCUUUUCACGCAAGCACAGUGCCGCUGGUCCUCAACCCUCGCACCGGUGCCAUCACACCCCAAUUCAAUUGCAUCUUUGAUGACUGGUUUGCCACAUUAUCCGCCAACGUUGAUGAUGUCCCCACCUUCAUGGAGGAACAGUGGCAGCAUCUCUUUGGCGACUCCCAAUUUCAAUUUCCCACCGAUGAUAAUGAUCCUCCUUCCUUGACACCUCAAUCUCAAGUCCCCCUAUCUUAUGAGCUUUCCGCUCUUGAUUCCUUUGAACCUUCCACCAGCCGCUACGCCGGCACCCAACCUACCCUUUCUGAUCCCUCCGUUUUCCGUGAACCCUCCCAACCUUCGUUUGAGAGGGAGAGUGUGUCAGUUGAGAGGGAGCAGUCUCCUCCCGCCAAUAUUCCUACAUCCACAAAUACUGGCAAUCCUACUCCAUCACCCCUUCAGAGGGAGCAACAAACUCAGUCAAAGAGUCCCCAUAUAACGGCACGCGAAACUCCCAUUGACCUACCAUCAUCAUCAAUUCCGCCAACAUCAUCAUCCGGACCACCAUUGCGACGCAGUACACGAUCCACCAGAGGUAAACCGGCUCCCAUUCUCGAUCCCAACCCCCAUUCUAAGACCUACGUCUCCAAACCUUUGCCAUCCUCCAACUUGGCCGAGAUCAAUCCAUCAAACGAUCCCGACUUCAAUGACACCGAAAACCUCCAUUCGUUCCCAAAGGACACUCCAUUUCUUGCCAACGAGGAUCUGGUAUUGACCACCAGCCAUCCUUCAUACAGACGAUUCAAGACUCAACCAGAGUCAGAUGAUGGUGGUAUUUGUGGAUUCUAUGACCUCCAUUUCUCCUACCUUGGCUACACCACCACAAACACUCCCAAAUUUGUGUUUCUUGACAGCAAGGCACCACCUGAUUCGAUCGAAUUUCUCAAAACUGGCACCACCGACCCUGAUAUUUUAAGCUGGGAUGAAGCUAUGGCUGGUCCUGAUCGAGACAAGUGGCGUGAGGCUGCCUUGAAGGAGAUCAGAGCACUCGAACACAAGCGCACAUGGUUGGAAGCCCCAGAAUCCAAUGCCACAGUCAGAGUAAUUCCUGGCACUUGGGUUUUUCGAGUCAAACGCGCGCCAGAUGGAUCCAUCAUCAAAUUCAAGGCCAGAUGGGUAUUACGAGGUGAUCUUCAGGACCUGGACAUGGACACCACCGCUGAAGUCGUCGCUUGGUCCUCGGUCCGCACAUUUAUGGUCCUUAGUCUCAAGCUUGGAUGGGUCAUGAAGUCGAUCGAUUUCACCAAUGCCUUUCUCCAUGCCAAACUACCAGACAAUCUGGAAAUGUUUGCUCACCUACCAAGAGGUUUCUACUCUAAUAUGAGAAGUAUCACUGGUGAACGAACAGUACUACACCUCAAGAAGUCUACAUAUGGGACAACUAUUGCUCCAAGGCUAUGGUACGAACAUUUAAUGAAGGCAUUUCACGAGCUUGGAUUUGAAAGCUCCUCCUACGAUAAAUGCUUCCUUAUUCGCAAAGACAUGAUGAUUGUCGUUUAUGUCGACGACUGCGGUAUCAGCACUGACAAACCAGAGAAAAUCGAUGAACUUGUCAACCAGCUGAAGUCGAAAUUCGCCAGAUGA